AUGGAGAUUUCCAAACCUGUGUAUCUCGUUUUUCGUCUUCUUGCUCUGAUAAUUGUCAUUGAGGUUUCAGGCCGCCCGACGCCUGCAUCCAGCUCUGCAGAACUGAUUUCAGAUGGCGGCAAUGAUCGUGAAGUCACAAAACAAGCUUCUUAUUUACCCAAUGACACAGGAUUGAAAUCUGAAACUCAGGAUUGCAAGCAAAUGUAUGCAUCUGAACUCCUGAACAGUAAAGACGAAGCUAAAGAUUAUGUUCACACUGGAGUUGGGUUGUUGGCUGGAUCUUCAAUUUGGCAGCUCACUGUAAUCUGGGGAACUUGUGUAAUACUUGGCAGUCAAGUCCUUCACACUGGUUCUUCAGAGACUAAUUAUACCUCUCUCUCCAAUGGAACAACCACAGAAAAUUUUUCUCUUGACACACCCACGUCAAAAUUGACAGAUUCCGGUAUAACUACUGAUAAGGAGAUUAAAUACAUUGCGAGGAUUAUGUUCUCCUCGUUGACACCAUUUCUGAUCAUUCAACUCCUGAAGAUUGCCCAAUCGUCAUAUGGGCAACAAGCAGUGAUGUUGAUUGAUCUUUUUGUUACCCUUGUGUUCUUAUUCUUGUACUUCUUCUACCAGAUUUUCCAGCGCUGGAUUCAACAAAGAAGACUGGAGCUUUUCGAAGAGAUAGAUCGUAAUGGAGAUGGUGUCAUAUCACCUUCAGAGCUAAGGGAGGUUCUUCUUGAGGUCAGGUUUAGUGGCCUGCAGAUUGAUAAGGAGAAAGUAGUUGCCGAAGGGAUCAAAGAGUUUGACAUUGAUGGAGAUCAGAAAAUAACCAAAGAUGAGUUCGGAACUGUAUUUACAAGGUGGCUUGAUGAGGCAAAGAAUGCAAUGGAUAAAAAAUAUCAUUCACAAGGUGGAAUUAUGAGACAAGAUGGCACACUUGAUAAAGCUGCUAUUAGAAGGUUGUUUGAAAAAAUUGAUCUUGACGGAAAUAACUUCAUUUCUCAACACGAAUUGAAAGAACUAAUGGUCAAUAUCAAGUUUGGUAAGGUUCCAGAUGAAGCUGUAGCCAAACCGAAUAAUUACCAGAACAUGAUUGAAAUGUUUGUGCAGAAAACUUGGGAAGAAACAGACAAGCUGGUGGAUGAUGAAAAUAGUAUUGGAGUGGUUGAAGAUAAGUCAAAAUGGGCUUGGCUUAAAGCUAUAAUGUACGUGGUGAUUGGCAUUGCUAUGUUAUCUGUUCUCGCUGAACCUCUGAUUUACAGUGUUGAAAAUUUCUCCAAUUCUGCAAACAUACCAUCUUUCUUCAUCUCAUUCAUCCUAGUUCCAUUGGCAACCAAUUUUAGAGCAGCAACUUCAGUAAUCUCCGCCGCAUAUCAGAAGAAACCACGGACUACUUCCUUGAUCUAUGGUGGGGUAUUUAUGAACAAUGUCCUGGGUUACGCCGUUCUGUUAUCGCUUAUUUAUUUCCGAGGAAUCACGUGGGAAUAUUCUGCUGAAUUACUGGCUGUAGUAACCGUUUGCAGUGUGAUGGGUGCCAUUGCGAGCUUUCGCUCCACCUUCCCUGUCUGGAUAUCGGUUAUAGCGAUUCUGCUUUACCCUUUAUCUUCGUUCCUCGUUUAUCUUUUGAAUGAUGUUCUGAGUUAUGUUUAA